GCCAAGGCGAGAGUGCCUCGCGACACAGCCGUAAAGGCGCGUGGGAGCGCAGCAUGGCGCUGUACGCGACGGCGGCGACGGUGCUGGCGGCCGUGGAGGGGCGACGGGGCUCCAUCAAGGGGCUGGUGUACGCCAGCAGCUUCCAGAACGUCAAGCAGCUGUACGCGCUGGUGUGCGAGACGCAGCGCUACUCCGCCGUGCUGGACGCCGUGAUCGCCGGCGCCGGCCUCCUCCGCGCGGAGAAGAAGCUGCGGCCGCACCUGGCCAAGGUGCUCGUGUACGAGCUGCUGCUGGGGAAGGGCUUUAGGGGGGGCGGGGGCCGCUGGAGACCUGUGCUAGAGCGGCACCAGGCCAGGCUGAAAGCGGAGUUGGCGCGGCUCAAGGUUCAGCGCCGGGUGAGCCGCAACGAGGACCUGUUGCAAGUGGGAGCCAGGCCUGGCACGGCCUCGCAGGUGCCUCGGUUCGUGCGUGUGAACACCCUCAAGACCAGCCCUGAUGAUGCAGUUGAUUAUUUCAAGAGACAAGGUUUCUCCUACCAGGGUCGGGCUUCGAGCCUCGAGGACCUGCGGGCCCUCAAAGGGAAGUGCUUUCUGCUGGACCCCGUGUUGCCAGAGCUGCUGGUGUUCCCGGCCCAGACGGAUCUGCACGACCACCCCCUGUACCGGGCCGGUCACCUCAUCCUGCAGGACAAGGCCAGCUGCCUCCCGGCCAUGCUGCUGGCCCCUCCCCCGGGCUCGCACGUCCUCGACGCCUGCGCUGCCCCCGGCAACAAGACCAGUCACUUGGCCGCUCUGCUCAGGAACCAGGGGAAGAUCUUUGCCUUUGACCGGGACGCCGGGCGGCUGGCGUCCAUGGCUACCCUGCUGGCCCGGGCUGGAGUCUCGUGCUGCGAGCUGGCGGAGGAGGACUUUCUGGCGGUCUCCCCCUCCGACCGGCGCUACCGUCAGGUCCAGUACAUCUUACUGGACCCUUCUUGUAGUGGCUCAGGAAUGCCAGCCAGAUCGCUGGAGGAGCCCGGGGCAGACACCCCAAGCAAGGCGCGCCUGCAGGCCCUGGCUGGCUUCCAGCAGCGAGCACUGCGCCACGCGCUCACCUUCCCCUCCCUGCAGCGCCUGGUCUACUCCACGUGCUCCCUGUGCCAGGAGGAGAACGAGGAUGUGGUGUGGGAUGCCCUCCAGCAGAACCCCGGGGCCUUCAGGCUAGCUCCCGUCCUACCCUCCUGGCCCCACCGAGGCCUGGGCACUUUUCCAGGGGCUGAACACUGCCUCCGGGCCUCCCCCGAGACCACACUCACUGGUGGCUUCUUUGUCGCUGUUCUGGAACGGGUCGAGGUGUCGAGCUCGGUCCCCGAGGCCGAAGCAGCAGCAUCCGAACUCACGGCCGGCACAGCCCGGCGGCGGCGGAGGAGGAGACGGCGCCCGGCCUCCGCGCCUGCUCCGGGGAGCAGUUAGAGCCCGGGCCUCCGCGCGGCUCAGCCAGCAGCUGUGUGUGACAGCUCCGUCCUUCCUACUGGCUGGUCACCGCUCUAGGAAGGAAAGCGGUAACCCUGGCUCUCCAGCGUGGGAGACAGUGGAUUUCCUUGUCCUGGGGC